AUGUCACGGCAAGUCAGGACUAGGCGUCCCUAUGCGUCCGGCAUGCCUUUGCUGCUGUACUGGUUGUUGCUGUGCCUGGUCCCUCUGUGCCUCCACUCUUGUCACCUCUGCCCCUCUAUCCUCUCCCCCACCCACCUUCCUCCUCCCCUCUCCUCCUCUCCCCUCCCCAAACUCCCCAUCACCCUCACCCUAUCCCCCACUAUCUCUCUCACCUCAGAGCCCUCCCCUCCUAACCCCUCUGCUCCCCCAGCAGUCCCUGUCCCUCCUGCCUCUUCUGACCCUCCUGCUGCUGCAUCUGAUGUCCCCUCUCCUCUCCCCAACCAGCCUGCCCCUCCUGCCGUCCCCUGUGCCUGCCCACCCCUCGACCUGCCCGACCCUGCUGCUGCUGCUGACCCCAUGGUACCCCGGACUGAUCCUUGCCGCCCUUCGGCCCCGACGGUCCCCCAGCCUGAGUCCGUCCCCCCAUCUGCGAGAGUCCCUGCAGUCGCGGGACUGCACUCGAGCUGCCUCGAAGUGCGGGAUCAGUGA